AUGCAAACCUCAAAAGAUCAGGCUGCGCUCAUCCCUCAGCCUCGUGGGAGUCUGCCUAAAGUUUGUGCUGCUGUGCUGGCUGCCCUGAUAAUAGGAAUUAUCAAAUUCACGACUGCUGAUGGCUUUCUUGGCCUGGUAGCAUUAGCAGUACUCAUCGUGACACUUGGACCUCUGCUGCAUGGGCUCUGCCUGCUGGCUGAGGAGCUGCGGAACCAUUCAAACACAAGGUAUCGAGGCCAAGCAGUGGUCAGCCACAUGCUGCCAGCCUGCGGUUUGUGGGGUACGACUCUGCUGGUUGCAGGGCUGGCAGGCAUCCUGCUCUACCUGAGCAGUCACCUUCUUCUGCACAAAAGCCAGCGCUGGGAAUUGGUUUUCCUGGUUCCUGCCAUUUACACACUGUUCAAAAGCCUGGGAGCCCUGGGUCCAUCGGAGGUAGAGGUGUCAUACAUCUGCGAGGAGAGGAAGAUGAACGUGGCCCAUGGCUUGGCCUGGUCCUUCUACCUGGGCUAUCUGCAGCUGGUGCUGCCACGUUUGGAACACUCCAUCGCUGUGUUUUGUGCUUCACAUCAGGCCAGCGAGCCCUGUUGGGGUCGCGGCUCCAGGAAGCUCCUCAUCCUCAUUCCUCUUAAUGCCAACAUCUCACACAAGCUGGAGGACGAGGACAGCAACAUCCGUUUUUAUGACAACCUUCCAAACAACGAGAUAGACCGGGCCGGAGUCCGGGGCCGGGUCUACAAGCACAGCAUCUACAGAGUGCAGGAUGAGCAUGGGAGGGCUCAUGAUUGUGCUGUGGAGUACGCCACCCCCCUGCUGACUCUUUACCGGAUGUCCCAGGAGAGAAGCGCAGGUUUCGGAGAGCCUGAGCGCAGACAGCAGGUUCUCCUCUUCUACAGGACUCUGCAGGACAUCCUUGACCAGUCGCUGGAGUGUCGCAACCGCUACAGACUCAUCUUGCUCAGUGAUGAGCAUGAAGAUGAUCCUCACUUCCUGUCCAAAACCAUCCUGAGACACUUGGAGCAGCAGAAGAAGGAGGAGUUCUGUCUGAACCCACCUCCUCAGCGGGAGGCCAAACAAGCAUCUCUGGGCUCUUUCUUGACUCCUGCUGUGAACAACGCAGUGUGGCACUCUCUGGAGUCAAUGAGCAGGGAGCCAACACUCAUGAUCAGUCUGGAGAAACCUGAGCCUCUGAAGGAGCCUGUGGAGGACAUGGACCUCAACUACAGAGCAGCAUGA